AUGGCGACUCAGAAACCGACGUAUACACUGGCUGGUGGUCAGCCAAGUGCAAACCCCUCAGCUGCAUUGCAAAUUCGAGCUUCACAAGGAAUUGGCGGUCUUUCGGUUCUAAGUGAUACUCAAUUGAUCGAAACACUUGCUCAUUUCGCACGCGAGAGAAUUCCAGAGAGGAGCGUCCACGCCAAAGCCGCCGGAGCAUGGGGCUACUUCGAAGUAACCCACGACAUCACCGACCUAACCUCCGCACAAUUCCUCACCCAACGCGGCCUCCAAACCAAAGUCCUCCAACGGAUCUCCACCGUCGGCGGCGAAAAAGGAUCCGCCGACACAGUACGCGAUGUGCACGGCUGGGCGAUGCGCUUCUUCACCUCCGAAGGCAACCAGGAUUUCGUAUUCAACGACCUCCCCGUCUUCUUCAUCCGCGACCCCAUCAAGUUCCCCAGCAUGAACCGCAGCCACAAACGCCACCCCAGGACAAACGUACCGGAUAAUAAUAUGUUUUGGGAUUUUCAUGUUAAUAAUCCGGAGGGGGUACAUGCCUUGAUGCAUCUUUUUGGGCAGAGGGGGAUUCCGGCUUCGUUGAGGCAUAUUAAUGCGUUUAGUGUGCAUACUUAUACGUUGAAUAAGGAGGAUGGUAGCUACCGCUUCGUCAAAUUCAUCUUCACCCCCGACGCCGGGAUCGAAACCCUCGACGCCGCAACCGCCCUUCGCUUAGCAGGCGAAGAACCAGACUACCACGUCAAAGACCUCUUCAACGCCAUCGAGCGUGGCGACUAUCCGACAUGGACAUUAAACGUGCAGGUUAUCGAGCCGAAAGACGUGGCUGAUGCGCCGAUUGAUAUUUUUGAUAAUACGUUCACUUGGCCGCAUGAGAAGUAUCCGCUCAGACCGGUGGGCAAGUUGGUGUUGAAUAAGAAUCCGGAUAACUACUUCCAGGAUAUCGAACAAGCUGCUUUCUCACCGUCACAGAUGGUUCCCGGAAUCGGACCCUCAGCAGACAUGAUCCUCCAAGCCCGCAUGUUCAGCUACCCCGACGCAGCGCGCUACCGCCUCGGCGCAAACUACCAACAGCUCCCACCCAACCGGCCCCUUGCCCCCGUCUACUCACCCUACCAGCGCGACGGCGCCGGCACCAUAAACGGCAACUACGGCUCCGACCCGGACUACGUGCAAUCCGAGUUCGUGCCCAUGGCAUUCCGACAAGGCGCUGCUCCAGUACAUAUGCAGUGGAGUGGAAAAGUGCAGUCGUUUGCUACGGGGGGUGUCACGGACAAGGAUUUCGAGCAGCCGAGGGAGUUGUGGGGGAUUAUCAAGAAGGAGGGGGCGGAUGGACAGUUUUUGGAUAAUAUGGUGCCGACUUUGGUGGAUGUUGUGCCGCAUUUGUUGGAGAAGGCUGUUGCGUUGUUUUCGAGAGUUGAUAAGGGUUUGGGUGAGUCUAUUGCUGCGGCUGUGGAGGAGAGGAAAGCGAAACUUGGGAAGGCAUAA